GAUGAGUUUCAAAGUUUCGAAAAAGAGCAUGUUCAAGAUGACAAAGAAAACGAUCCAUUUUGGCAAACGUACGUAGUGGCUGCACGUAAAAUAGAAUGGCAAUUAAAAAAUUACAAAGAAUGUGGUCGUCUUGUGAACUCUGUCGUGGUUGUCUGCGUGUGAAAUCUGUCUUGGUUUCGCGGCUAGUCUCUAUUGAUCUAUCGACCCCUUCCAUGUUUGGCAGACUUGAGCCAGCCAUCAACAACAGCAAGAUAUGCAAGUUUUGCCUGUGCUGCUAUUCACCUGUCACCAGCAGCAACAAUCUCCAGUCUCAUCAUCACUCGGAUAAACAGCAUCCCUUUUGAUUGGAGAAUCCACCGAUGUCGAGGGCUACUCAUCUCUUCUUCCCUCUCCUUUGAAUCUCCCCUGUCCUCGUGUACGCCCAUGUGAAUGAUGGGUGUAUUCACGAGGACCCCCUUACUUCUAUCCAGCCUGGUGGAUUCCACUCUUCAGCGGAUGGAGCAACUGUGGAUGCCUGGCCGUAUUUCCCAGGCUUAAAGGAAACGUUUACUGGCAGAACAAAAAGCCCAGUUCAGUGAAAAGCCAUUUUGCCAUCUCAUAGACAUGCCAUCUAUAUACUUGGAAUUAUUGGCGAAAUAAAUGUGUAGGAGUCACUUUCUUCCUUCCACGUCGCAUCAAGUUAAGAAGACGGAGCUGUUGCUGCUUGUCGCUACGGUUCCAUUCAAUUACGACGCCAUUAGCAUUCGACUCGGGCGGCGCAAAGUUUUUCAACAUCUCCGACGACGUGCUUUGCAGCUCCUUAUCAAAAGAGUUGCCCUGGGCGACCCGCGUUCAGCCUGGCAGCAGCCUAAUAAGCCUCCUUGAGCUCGAGUGGAAAUUUAGCCGGCCUCUUUCUAGCUCUUUGGCUCCUUAUUUAUUGGCGAUGGAAGCAAAUAAAAGUAGGAAGAAAUUCCCUUCCAACCGCCAGCGCAGAGCGCGGAGCCUUGAAGGAUCGACGGUAUACGAGUUGGAGUGAGUGGGUUGGUGGUUGGUGCUGGGUGCUGCUCCUAUAUUUGUAUGUGAUAAAUGUGAUGUAUAUUUAGAAAGGCCAUCACCAUCGGCCAUUACGACGGCAGGAUGUCGGUCGAGAGGAAAUGGGAAACCCUAUUACACACACUAGGAAACCAUCGGAAUGACGCUGGGGGAUGGUCAACGUCGGGCAUAUCGAAUCUCGUCCAGCUCCUCUUUGAUCCGCUUCUCCGCAUCCCCACGAUUGACGUGAGGAACGAGCGGGAGCAAAAAUUUUGAUUUUCCCGUGUCGUCGAGGUGUUUGUUCUUCCUACACAUCGUUCCUGUCGGGAUUCUCACACUCGGCGGAAGGAAAGACAACAACAACCCCCCAAAAUAAAAAUGAAGAAAAUGGCAGCGCCGGCGCAGUUGACAUUACUCCUCCUCCCUUUCCCUUUGGGGUUGGAAGUUUGUAUCUGGCUGGUUCUUCUUCUUCUUCUUUUCUCUCGGCGACGAUGAUGGUGAUAUCCCCGUCCACACACACACACGGGAAAAGAGAAAAGAAACGGUCGGGUAGGAGAGGCUGAGAGGAGCGCGCAGCAUCCCAGUCCCGGAAUAUCCGCGACUGCACGCACCUUGCGAGCGGGUAGUCGGUUGGCGUAAGGUUAGUGGUUUGGUGCUGGCUGGGCUGGUUGCGAGAGAGAGAGUUGAAGCGGAUGACCGGACAAGUGGAGACAUCCGGAGAACAAGAUCCUCGUCGCUGCCACCAGCCAUGAAGAAGAAAUUAUUGUGUCGCUCCUGGCGAUGGCUGAGGCUGUCGGCCGCCGUGUUUUUCGUGAUGGUGACGGCCGCCUCCGGCCAGUUGGCCUUCACUUUCCAGCAGAACCACCCGCCGCAGCCGCAGCAGCCGGAGCGGGAGAGCGAGUACGCCCACCACCUGAUCCGCAUUCCGGGCGACAUUGUCUUUGGCGGAUUGUUUCCCAUGCACGAGCACCUGGUGCUGACGGACCACGGCGGCGGAGGAGGAGGAGCGGCUGGCGCGGCUGCCGGACUCGGCGGCGGUGGCCUGGAAUUCCCCUGCGGAGCCAUCAAGGAGGAGAAGGGCAUCCAGCGACUGGAAGCCAUGCUCUACGCCCUGGAUCUCAUCAACGACGACCCGCACAUCCUGCCCAACAUCACCAUCGGCGCCGUCAUCCUCGACACUUGCUCCAGCGACACUCACGCCCUCGACCAGUCGAUGGAAUUCGUCCGAUCCUACAUGAACAAGGACGCGUCCGAGUACCAGUGCGAAUCGGGAGACGCUCCGCGCUACGUGCCCCACAAGCCCAUCACGGGCGUGAUUGGUGCCAGUUUCUCGACAGAGUCCAUCAUGGUGGCCAACAUCCUCCGCCUCUUCAAGAUUCCGCAAAUCAGCUACGCUUCAACUAGCGCCGAACUGUCUGACAAGUCGCGUUUCGAGUAUUUCAGCCGCGUCGUCCCGCCCGAUAACUUCCAGGCCCAGGCCCUUGUGGAAAUGGUCCGCCAACUCGGCUGGAAGUACGUCUCCACCGUGGCCGUCGAAGGCGACUACGGAGAAAAGGGUAUCGCUUCGUUCGUGACGCUGGCCGAGGCCGCCGGAAUUUGCAUCGCCGUGUCGGAGAAGAUUCUGAGACGGGCGGAAGACGCCGAUUACGAUCGCAUCAUCGAGCGGCUCUCGCAGAAAUCCAGCGCCCGCGGAGUUGUCAUGUUCGCCGACGAGGACGAAACCAGGCGGAUGUUGGCGGCCACGAUGCGUCUGAACAAGACGGGCCAAUUCCUUUGGGUCGGCAGCGACUCGUGGGGAGCUAAAUUGCAUCCGGUGCGCGAUCAAGAGUUUGCAGCCGAAGGAGCCAUUACCAUCCUGCCCAAAAGAUCCUCAUUGGCCGGAUUCGACGCUUAUUUCAAAGCUCUCCGACCCAAGACGGCCAAAGUGUGCGGCAGUGUCGGCGGCGGAUCGGCUAAUCACAACGGAGGCGGAGGUGGUGGCGGACCGGCUGGCGGAUUCGCGUCAGGUGCGGCCAGUGCCAACGCCAGCGGCAACGGCGAGAAUCAAUACUAUCGCAACGCUGUCAAGGGCUCGAGGAUCUACAACUGCCGCAAUCCGUGGUUCCGCCAAUUCUGGGAACAGCAUUUCAAAUGCAGGUUCAAUUCCAGCGCAUCCGCAUCCGGACAUUCUUCGUCAACUUUGCCCGAAUGCAAAGGCGGAGACAAGCUCACCUACUACGAGCAAGAGGGACUGGUGCCUUUUGUCGUGGAUGCCGUUUACGCCAUGGCGCACGCCGUUCACCGGAUGAUCGCCGACGUCUGCGGACACGACGCCCGCGAGCUCUGCGACGAGCUCAAACCGGCGCCCUCCGGCAGAAACUUGCUCAAGUACAUCAGAAACGUCAAUUUUAUCGGUCCUCAGGGUCAGCCGGUCCGGUUCAACAAGGACGGCGACGCCUACGGCAGCUACAGCUUCUAUCAGUAUCAGCGUCACGGCAGCAAGUACGACUACGUGCGCAUCGGUGAUUGGAGCGCUUCGUUGGUCCUCAAUAUGAGUAUGCUGGCCUGGCCCAAUAGCACCAGAGGGACCAUCCCCAGGUCCAUUUGCAGCGACUCGUGCCCCAACGGCUACAUCCGAAACUUCCAGGAUCAAUGCUGCUGGAGUUGCGUGUCGUGUCGCGAGGAUAGCUACUCGUUCAACGACACAUGCGUGGCCUGCGCUCCUGGCUACGCUCCCAAUCGCGACUACAACGGAUGCGAUAAGAUUCCGGCCGAGCAUUUGACCUGGGACAGCCCCUGGGCCAUUGUUCCGCUUGUUUUCACGGCCCUGGGCGUCACGGCCACCCUCUUCACUCUCACCGUCUUCUUGCGUUAUAACAGCACUCCGAUGAUUAUGGCGUCCGGAAGGGAAUUGUGCUACCUGCUGCUGACUGGUAUCCUCCUCUGCUACUUGAUGGCCAUCCCGAUCCUGGCCAAGCCCAACGUGUUCACCUGCAGCCUCCUGCGCGUCGGCCUGGGCUUCGCCCUCUGCCUCUGCUACAGUUCCAUCCUGACCAAGACGAACCGGAUCUCUAGGAUCUUCAACCGCGGGUCCAAGGCCGGCAUCAAGCGGCCGUCGUACACGUCGCCCAAGUCGCAGAUCGUCAUCUGCUGCGGCCUGGCCUCGAUCCAGCUGGGCGGCAGCCUGGUCUGGCUCAUGUUCGAGCGGCCCAGCACCAAGGAGGUGCACCCGCAGCCGCUGACGGCCAUCCUGACGUGCGGCGUCAGCAAUUUGUCGCUGGUUCUCUCGCUCCUCUACAACAUGCUCCUCAUCAUCCUGUGCACUUUCUACGCCUUCAAGACCCGCAAGAUCCCCGAGAACUUUAACGAGGCCAAGUACAUCGGCUUCACCAUGUACAGCACCUGCAUCGUCUGGCUGGCCUUUGUGGCCAUCUACUUUGGCACCUACAACGACUACAAGAUCCAAACGGCCACUCUAUGCGUUUGCGUCAACAUUAGCGCAUCAGUAGCCCUGGGCUGUCUCUUUGUCCCAAAGGUGUACAUCGUCCUCUUCCAGCCGUACAAGAACGUCCGCACGCCCGGAAGCGGGGUUCAACGAAGUGGAGAUCACCGGGGGUUGAACAAGUUCAGCACCAGCGGCGGGGUGAGCGUGGGCGGCGGCGGCGCUGCAACUCCCAGCAACAGCCAGCAGCCGUUGGCCAGCAGCAUUAGCCAUCCGCCGGCGACUUUGAGCAGCGCCACUCAGUCGAUGACGUCGCUCAGUCGCUUUACUAAUCCCACCACACCGACGGCGGCGACGGCCAGCGGUGGUGGCGGUGGAGCUUCUUCUUCCUCCCAUAACAUGGCCAUUUCCACCAUUUCACUGGGCAGCGCCACAGUGGCCGUCCAGGCCAACGGGUCGGACAUGAGUCGAGCCGAGGCCGAACGAGAUUCCAAUAAUCUCAGCUAGGGAAGGUGCGAGGUGCUGCUCUAAAUUCAAAUCAACGGCCAGGAAAAAGUUGAAAAAAUCUCAUCUAUAGACAUUUCAGAUGUACAUUUUUUGAAAACUAAAACAAUCGACAAAUCAUUAUCAACUAACUCAUGUCUUAUUUCGAAACAAACAAUUUUUAGAAACAAAACUUUUGACAUUAUCAGAUGGCGGCACCUCGACACAUUCUCAGCAGCUAAGACUUUUUCUUCUUUUUUUUUUAAAAAUUAUCUUUUAUUCAUUUCGAUUGGUAAUUUGAUCAGAAAUGGGUUUCUUUCCUCUCUCCUCCUGCAUCCGUCCUCGUGCGAUCCCCCACUAUUUUCGGCGUUCAUUUCAAAACCCGGUGAUCUCUCUUAAGUUAACAAUUAAUUUCGAAUUGAUUUUUUGGGUUUUCCAUAUUUAAAAAAGUUUAUGUAAUUGAAGUUUUAAAAAAUAAUAAUAAUGUUGUACAUAAUUAAAGCUGUCGGUAUUGAGGAUUUGACAUGACCUUUGUGGGUGGUUCUGUCUCGGCAAUCGAGUCCCGCAACUCUUUCCCAAAUUUUCAAAAGGACCGCGGAAUUUGUUUUAUUCUCUGAAAUUCAAAUUGAAUAAAAGAAAAAAACAAUUAACGACCGUCCCGGAAGGAAUUGAAAAGGUGUUGCGGGAUGAUUGACUGAGCCCCCUUUGCCGAGACAGGAUCACACAGACAGGAUUGAUUCAAUCAUUUUUUUAAAUUUAAUUUCUGUUUAAACUGAAAAAAAUAUAUCACCGUCAGCCAAAGGGAUAAAAAAUAAAUCAUUCGCUGUUGAUAUGAAAUGAAUUUUAAAAGGGUUCGUUGUUAUUCCUAAAAAAAAAUGAAUCAUUCUUAUGUGUGUUGUUAACUAUCAUCAAUAAGAGAAAAAAUUCCUUGUAUCGAUUUCCCCCACCCACCCUACUCAGCACCGUCUACCCACCCCCAGUUGUAAUAAUGUUAAAUCAAUUCAAUAAUUCAUUUCUCUUUCUCUCUCGUCUUAUUGACUCGGUUAAACUAAAUUGGACUCGCUCGCCGUUGCUUUUGUGUGUGUAAAUAAAAGAGAGGACUUAUCUGGACAAGAUGUAAUCCUGUACUAUAUACAUAUAUAUAUGCUACAUACAUACAAAUAUAAAUUAAUUUCUAUAUUAUAAUAUUUAA